UGACGCAAGACGUCCCAUAAUUCAGAUAGCUGAGUUUUGGCUUUUGGGUGGUUUAUGCUGACAGAAAGCGGUGCAGCUUAGCGAAACAACGAGAAAAUAACAAUAUUUAUCAUCGCUAACUGUUAAAGAGUGCUACAUUAAUAGUUCUGGUCAGCUAAAGUUACAUUUGUGAAGCUAGCAACAAAAGGACUAGCAUCAUCUGAUAACAAGUGAGUCUUCAAGAUCUUGCUGGCACAUCCAGCCACCCCAGCCAUGUCCCAGGACAAAAGUGGCUUCCCCAUCACCGGGGAGACCAACCCUCUGCAUAACCCUAUGUUCGGCCAGCCGAACCCCGCUGGAUUCAUGAUUCCCCCUCCCAACUACACUCAGGCCCCGCCCGCGUUUGGAGAAACAGCUCCCGGGGGAAUGCCGUUCCCUGCUCCCACUGCCUUUGGGCAGCCUGGCUUCACACAGGGCGCCCCCGCCUUUGGACAAGCCCCUUUCCCCCAAAUGCCAUUCCCACAGAUGCCCUUCCCACAGGGCCCCUACAACCAAGGGCCCUACAACCAAGGGCCCUACAACCAGGGACCCUACAACCAGGACCCCUACAACCAGGGACCGCCCAAUCCUGGCUACAGUGACCCCAAUGCACCUACAGGUAGUCCUGGCUACCACAGUGACGUGCCUCCAUCUUACUAUGACAACGAUGAGUUCGCCACCUCAGGCUGGGAGGAGGACAAGACCAUUCGACGGGCCUUCAUUCGCAAGGUGUUCAUGGUCCUGACAGUGCAGCUGAUGGUGACCUUCAGCUUUGUGGCAGUCUUCACCUUUGUGGAUGAUGCGAAGACGUUUGUGCGCAUCAACCCCUGGACCUACUACGUGUCCUAUGCGAUCUUCUUUGUGUCUCUCAUUGUGCUCAGCUGCUGUGGAGAAUUCCGGCGUAAGCAUCCCUGGAACCUUGUGGCAUUGUCGAUCCUGACUCUCAGUCUGUCCUACAUGGUGGGGAUGAUUGCCAGCUUUUACGACACUGAUGCGGUCAUCAUGGCUGUGGGCAUCACCGCGGUGGUGUGUUUCACAGUGGUGCUGUUCUCCCUGCAGAGCAAGUAUGACUUCACAUCCUGCCAGGGCGUGCUCUUUGUCUGCCUGAUCGUCCUCAUCGUCUUUGCCAUCCUCUGCAUCUUCAUCCGCAACAAGAUCCUGCACAUCGUCUACGCCUCACUAGGAGCACUGCUCUUCACCUGCUUUUUGGCUGUGGACACCCAGCUGCUCCUGGGCAAUAAGAAGCUGUCCCUGAGCCCUGAGGAGUACGUGUUCGCCGCCCUCAACCUCUACACUGACAUCAUCAACAUCUUCAUGUACAUCCUGGCCAUCGUGGGCCGUUCCCGCGAAUGAGAGCGCCCCCUGGAGGAAAGGAGGAGAGAGGAUCGACUCUUUGUGUAAUGAUGUUCUUACUCCUUCGUUCACUUUAGUUACGACAUUCACAUCUCCAGUUUGACAAUCUUUUGGAGAGAAUUUUGGAUUGUGCCUGCAGGCCUGUAACAGUGAGAUUAGUUUAGCAUUGAUUUAUGUCCCCCGACCUACUAGACCAAUUGAGCUGCUCUUAUUUUGUGGUGUUCUUAUUUACAUUGGGUUACUGAUCAGUUUAGCUUCUUUUUUUGUGGAAAGCAUUCAAAGUAGCUUGAAUGCAUUCAAAACGUAAGACACAUUCUCGAAUGCUUUAGUUUUUCAACAACCUUGAGUUCUUAUUUACAUGCCCUGUCCCGCCCUUUCUUAUUUGAGUGCUUGCAUGGCAGAGAAUGCAAAAUGUAUUGCUUUUGAAGGAUGUGAGGGGCAUUGAUACAAGUUAAAAAGAGAACUGAUCUCUCCUAUGCAUCCUUGUACUUUCAAUCACACUAUCCCUGUCUGUAUAUCUAACACUGCUAAUGUGGCUAGAAUUCAUUAUAACAUACAGGAGUCUCGAUAACCCCCACUGCUUUAGCUGUAGCUGCACUGUAAAUAUGGUCUAUGUGGUGCUCCGUCUUCUGUAACCUAUAGGCAUGUCUAAGUGAGUGACACACUUUCAUAGGAAAACCCUCCUGCAUGGAGAAAAACGCAGUGAAUUAUAUGCUAUUGCCUAUUUAUGGAAUAUCACAUUACAGUGCUUAUGACUUCUCUUCACAAGAGUAUAAUGCGUGUGAAUUUUGCUCUCAUUUGCCAACAGGAGUUAAGAUUUUUUUUUAAACACUUAGCAAAGGAAACGGCUUGAGAUGAAGAAUGCAAAGUGUUUAAUCUUCAAUUUGUGUUUUUUCUCCUGGAAAUAUACAGUAUUUUUCAAAUGAAAUGUGAAACCUUUGUUGUGAACCUUUUGUUUUUGUACAGAACUUGUUGAGGCUUUCAGCCAUAUGUUGUAAUUUACGAUUUCACUGACCAGCACUGCGUACUUAAAAUGAAGAAAAUUAAUAUCAAUGUGAAUAUAUUAUAAGUCAACUGAAGUUAUUUAAGUUGCUGUAGAAGAACAUUUGGUUGCUCUGGAAUAACAUUAUUUAUUAUUGAUUUUAAAGUUUUUCUUUCCAAGGCUGUUUAGAGCUUGGAUGGAUACUCAAGCAGAUGUGUGUGUGAUGCCUUGGUAGGUAUGAGCAGAAUUGCAUGAAUACAGUAGCUCUGGCUUUGCAUGUAUUCAUGUGAAAUGCAGGUGUCUUUGUUGAUGUGUCAAUUACCCUUCAAAACUACCCUAUAUUCUCAAGCGCCUGUUCACCACUUAGUAAUAGACGUAAGGUUCCUGGAAUUAAACAUUAACUAGAAGCCUGGUGUGUCUGAGUGAAUGUGUUGGGGUGCUGUGUUUUUUACAAACAUGUUGGAAAUUUAAAUAAUGUAAGGCAAUAAGGUAAUUUUCUUGCUGGCCAGCGUUCAGUGAUCUGAUUUUAGUUUUUCAGUGUGUUCUUGUGGUGUAUAGAUCGAGUAUGGCCUGUUGGCACUAAAAAAACCUGUACAUCGGAACUGUACUGAACCCUGUCUUCUACAUUGCUGUUUGCAUUUGAUUAAAGAUUUGGGGGGUAUAAA